GAUGUCUUUCUUAGGAGGCGUGCCUGGAGUUGACAUCUCCCUGUGUGGUGUUGGGGCCUCUGCUUAGACCAAGCAUCAGCUGCGGUCUGGGCCACUGGAAGCUCACGGUCUGCUGUGAACAGUAGGCUAGUGGCUUUGAUGCCACAAAAGGCAUAUGUAAUGUAACGGGCACUGAAGACAGUCAUUUCCAGGGUGGGGACACUGAGUCUCAGGCUUCUGGAGAGAGGGACUCAGGAGAAUGAUAUGGAAUGUGCAGGUGUCCGAGCUUGCUUGCAGUGACUGUGACAGAGCACGUGAGGCAGGUUCCUGGCUCGGCACAUUUGGCUCACAUUUCUGGGGGUUGGAGGCCCAGGAACAUGGCACCUGCACCCGAUGAGGCCUCAAGCUGCAGCGUAAGAUGGCAGAGUGUGACACGGAUGUGUGCUCCCGUGAUGGUGGAGCUGGAGGGGGAGACAGACCCUUUGCUCAUCGCCAUGAAGGAACUCAAGGCCCGGAAGAUCCCAAUCAUCAUUCGCCGUUACCUGCCAGAUGGAAGCUACGAGGACUGGGGUGUGGAUGAGCUCAUCAUCACUGACUGAGCAGAGCUGCCGACUGUGCCUGGGUGCCACUUCUCUGCCUACUUUGUACAUGUAAAUAAUAAACGUCACCUUUCCGCCCA